UAAAGCUGGCGGGCGCGAAGAUGCAACGGAUCAUUUGCAGUAAUGAAGUCAAUUACGUUGGUGCUGUGGGCGAUUGCGGGCAUCGUUGCCGUUGUCGUUGAUGCUGCUCCCGAGCGCAGAAUCUUCGGCGGUACGGAUGCGUUCGAGGGCGAACUACCAUACCAGGUGUCCAUCCAGCGCGCGUUCCUAACCUCCCGGACGCACGUGUGCGGCGGUACGAUCCUGAACCCGCUGCACGUACUGACGGCGGCCUCCUGCUUCUGGACCGACCAGAGCUCGAGGUUUGAAAUCGUGGCCGGCAAUUUACGCAUUGACCGGCCGGCUGACACGCAGCAGGUGCUCGGUGUGUUCUGGAUCCGAAUGCAUCCGGGAUAUACCGGCGGUACUAGCUCGUUCGAUGUCGCUGUGGUCCGCACCUCGUCCGCCUUCUUCUUCACGAAUCUGAUUCGUCCGGUAGCAUUGCCGGCGUUCGAUGAAAUCCCAACCGGGCUGGUGCGUGUCGGCGGCUGGGGCUCGACCACCAAUAGCAUCCUGCCCGGGAACAACUUCUCCAAUGUGUUGCAGAAAAUCAACGUACUGCUCGUACCGUGGAACGAGUGUCUGAGUGUGCUGGGUGGGCCGGGUGGACCGUUUGAUGAGCGGAACAUCUGUACCGGACCGUUGAGCGGUGGCAUCUCGACCUGCACGGGUGAUGCGGGCGGUGGUGCGGUGCAGCAUCUUCCGGAUGGGACGUUCCUGCAGGUCGGCAUCAUUACGUGGAAUGUGUUGCCGUGCGGUGGCAUUAACACACCGUCCAUCUAUACGCGCGUGUCCGCCUUCGUCGAUUGGAUACAGGCAAAUUCGGCUGUGUAGAGCUGAAUUGCGGAGGGGAAAAUAAAGAAUCGGACGUCUGAUAUUGGCGAGAUAACGGUGCUGAAAAUGAUAACGGGAGGUGGGAAUUUUAAUUACCCAAUACCGGUAUUUUGACAUUAAUAAAAGCAAUCCAAAAGCAGUCUCCCUAAA